UUCUCCUGGAGCAUAGGGCUUCUGGCAGACGAUUUUAGAUCCCAUAAACCCCUAAUCCUACCACGGUCCGUACCUCCCACAGUUCCCGAACGACGGUAGGGAAGGGAGCCGAUUGUUCCUGCAGAUUACUUAUGUUACUGGAUACUGCAUCCGUCUUCACGUUCCUGCUGAGGGAAAGCAUGCAUUUGGAAAAUAAAAGAGCCGUUCCCAUCAGACUUGUCUCUUUUUCCCGGGUAGUAUUUUUUAUUUCUCUUUUUUGUGUUUUUGCAAGAGACUGGGGAAGGUACAUACAGGUUUCCAGGUUUCCGAGUAUCAUGACGAAGUACUCCGUUCCAUUCGCUGUCAAUGCCACAGGAAGACAGGAAGUUACUGUUGCAAUUGGGAAUUUCCUGCCAGCACAGCGACGACGGUUGCUGGGUCCGCCGCAGCUCAUAUCCAGUAAUGGCGGAUGGUUGAUGGCUGCCGCGUAACUCUGCAGAUCUAGGCUAGGUCACGCGUACCUGAACAUCCCCCAGCUCUUCAAUUUGCUCCAUGUGCAC